AUGGCUUCAGAAAACCUUAGCCAAGAAAAUGGUAUGGAAGUGGCUCAAGUCGUAGUGGUGAUGGUGCCUCUUCUGGCAAAUGGCCAUCUCAACCAGCUCCUUCACGGCUUCACCUCUCCCGUCUCAUCUCCUCCUACAACAUCCUCGUCCAUUUCGUCAGCACCACCAUGCACAACCGCCAAGCAAAGGAUAGAGUCCAGGGACAUACAUUCUAUAACGAAUGUCGAAACCUAUUGUUUUAAUAGUAUAUCGGCUUUCUGUAUAUACGCAUCUAACUGGGAAGUUACUGAAAAAUCUGCUCUAAGUACUGCAGCAGAAAUUUUAAAAGAACUUCCUUCCACGGAAGGUUGCGUUCCACCAGAGGUUUCAAAAUUUGUAGAAUUGCAACAAUAG